UUGAAAUUGUUCAUGUGACUUUAAAUAGAUUUGACGAGCGUUUGUUUUAUACAAAAUCAAAUAAAUUUUUGUUUUCUGCCAAGUAACUAACAAAAUUGAUUGAUUUUUGAAGGGCAUAAAAUUUUUCUCAAAGCUAAUAUCUCUUCCGAGGUUGAAUAAAUACUUAAGGAAUGGUUUUUAAAUUGUAAAAUGGUGACAUAUAUAUCAAACCAAUUCAAUGUUGAAAUAAAAGUAAAUAUUAGUGAUAAAUUAUUUUUUAAUAAGAAAGCGUUAACAAAACUUUUUAUAAAGCUAAUGUAGAAUAUUUUGAAAGCUUUUCUAGUUGUAAAUGAGAAUCUUUAAAAAAAUGGUUAUACGAAAAUUUGACUUUGAGUUUAUGUACUUGUUAGCACAUCAUCAUUAGGUGGAGUGAAAUGUAUGAUGAAACGUUGUUUUUUGAAAUUGAAAGCAUUCACCAUCUACCAAUCUGUGUCAAUCAGAAGCCCAGUUGUUCUGGUUGCUGGACGCGCUUUAAAAGAAGCCAGAGAUUAAAUGUCAUGAAGAAUUUGACAACUGCAGAUCUCCAUCAUCUGCCUUUUGAAGUUUUGAAAAAAAUUGAAAUUGAUUCAAAAGAACAUGUGAAGGAACAUACCACAAAUUUAAAUACUAUUAACCAAAACAUAUGUAAUCAAAAUAAAACGUCGAGUCGUUUUUACCAUCGUUCACUGAAUGCUUUAAAGUGCAACAAGCGUCGUAAUAGAUUUGGACCACUUGAAGUAAAAAGUGAUUGCCCCGUUUUUGUUCCGAAACCACCACUACCGGGUACUAGAGCAGUCAAAGCACGCGAUCCUCGAUUUUCAAAUGCUUGUGGUACCUUUCAUGAAGAAGGAUUCAUCAAAGCAUACGGUUUUUGCGACCAGUUGAUUAAUGAAGAAAAAGUAGAAUUAAAAAAACUUCUACGGUCGAAGAGGAACAAACUGUCUAGUGAUGUUCAACAAAGCUUAAGUCAUGAGUUACAAAAAUUGGAGUCUAUUGAGCAAAGACGGAAAAGGCUAGCCUUAGAAAAAGAAGUGAAAACGAGUUUAAGAAAGACAGAGUCUCGAUUGGCAUUUGAGAAAGGAAAAAAACCGUAUAUGCAUAGCAAAAAAAAUAUUAAAGAAAUCGUACAAGAGAAAAUUUAUGAAGAGUUGAAGAAAGGAAAAAAACUAGAGAAAUAUAUUGCUCGUCAACGGAAAAAACAAAAAUCUAAGGAUACUGAAUUUGCGCCGAUGCAGCGGCAAAAAAGCUUUUAAAAGAUGUAUUUCGCUACAAAUUUUUUAAAAAUUUGUAAUAUUUCAAGUACACUAAUAGUUGUACAAAGAAAAAUUUUUGUACUAAUUUUUUUUUUUA